AUGCUUCCAGGGAUGAAGGUAGGGAAGGACUUGGUGAAGGGCCUGGACAAGCCUCUAACAUCUUGGAAGAGCACCGAAGAUCCUGCCAAGGGAGAAUAUACUUUGGAGAUAAACGCUCGAGGUUAUGCACAGCUAUUGGUGAUGAGGGGAAAUAGAACUUUGUUCAGAGUAGGAUCAUGGAAUGGCGAGCGGUUUACAGGGCUUCCUGGACUACAGCAAACCCCAACUUUCACCUUUGAGUUUGUGUUGAACUCAGAUGAGGUAUAUCUCAAGUUCGAAACCACUGACAACUCACCUCUGACAAGAUAUACAAUAUAUCCCUCGCGCCUUCUCCAGCGGUACACGUGGAACGAUCAAAUGAACGACUGGAUGAUUACUGCUACAGCACAAGUGGAUCAGUGCGAGAAUUAUGCUCUCUGUGGUGCAUUUGCUGGAUGUCAAGUGUACACAUCUACCAUAUGCUCUUGCUUGAAUGGGUUUCUGCCGAAAUCUCCUGCAGAUUGGAAUUACACAACAUGGUCUGAUGGUUGCGUUAGGAGGACACCACUUGAUUGCAAUAGGAACGAUGGGUUUCUGAAGUACGCAGGAAUUAAAGUGCCAGACACAUCUUCGAGCUCAUACAACAGGAACACGAGUCUAACAGAAUGCGCAGGUUUGUGCUUGGGCAACUGUUCAUGCACCGCAUAUGCAAGUUUAGACAUCAGGAAUGGCGGAAGUGGCUGCUUGAGAUGGUUUGGCGAUCUGAUUGAUAUAAGAGGAUUAGCUGAGGGUGGACAAAACCUCUAUGUAAAGAUAUCAACGAUUUCAGCAAAAGCAGAAGGAGAUAUGGACUUACCAAUAUUUGAACUGGACACAGUAGCAGCUGCAACCAACAACUUUUCAGACAGCAACAAGCUUGGAGAAGAUAAAUCAAGAUCCAAGAUGCUAGAUUGGCAGAAGAGGAUCCAAAUCAUAGAUGGAAUAGCUCGAGGUCUUCUAUACCUUCACCAGGACUCGAGGCUCAGAAUCAUCCACAGGGAUCUCAAAGCCAGCAACAUUCUACUGGAUAAUGACAUGAAACCAAAAAUAUCUGACUUUGGCCUUGCGAAAACGUUUGGUGCAGAUCAAACGCAGGCCAACACAAAUAGAAUAGUCGGGACACAUGGCUAUAUGUCUCCGGAGUAUGCCAUAGAAGGGGUUUUCUCGGUGAAAUCUGAUAUUUUCAGCUUUGGGGUUUUAGUCCUGGAGAUAAUAACUGGGAAAAGAAACAGAGGAUUUCAACAUCCUGACCAUGAACUUAACCUUCUGGGCCAUGCAUGGGCACUAUGGAUGAAAGGAGCAGCUCUAGAACUAGUCGACGAAUGUCAGCUGGAAUCCUGUGUCAAUUCUCGAACUAAGAAGCAUUCAAGUAGCUCUACUAUGCGUGCAACAAAGACCAGAAGACCGGCCAACCAUAUCACUCGUUGUUCUAAUGCUAGGCAGCUCGGAUCCACUCCCGGAUCCUAA